AAAAAGCUUUCACGAAUCAUGUCCAUCUCGACUUUGAAGAAUAGCAUCAAUCGAUCUUCCAACAUCUCAUCUCUACGUGUAGACUUGAGGCUAAAAAUAAGGAUCGAACAUUUUUUCACCAUUUGACUAUUCGUAUCGCAUCUCGAUAUCGAUCGCAAAAGGCGUGCUUCACCCUGACAAAAAAUUAUUUUGCUGCAGGACCCUGGUUUAGUGAAGUGUUUCACUCAUUGAUAAUAUAACCAUACAGGCGAGAAAAACAUCAAAGUGCUUGACUCUAGUUAGUUCCUGGAUCUAAUUAUAUGUAUAUCUGAAGUAGUCGCUCGCGGCAUUAAGAAAUCUCGUAGCAGAAGCAGAGGAAUCAAAGUUCCCUUUCGUCUCUUUACAAAAACCCAAACCACCAAAAUGGCUGACGGAAACGUGAAACUGAAGUCCAGCCAGGGCGACGUCUUCGUCGUCGAGCGGGAGGUUGUAUCAAAUGCAAAAAUGUCUGGGUCUGGAAGCUUGUGAUGCUCAAAGUGAAUGGUAGACGGACUGCAAUACGCAGCUAUGCAUGACAAAUUUUUUGGCUCUCAUGUCUUACGUAUUCCGCAUGACAAACUGCGUUUUUGCAUGACAGAUAAGAGGGCCUUUUCGUGCCUAUGCAACACAGAUUCUCGAGUCAUGCCAGACACGCAUGACAAACCUGCAUUCUUCCAGACCCAGACAUUUUUACACUUGAUAGGUUGCGGUUAUGUCCAACCUGCUGAAGAACAUGAUUGACGACUGCGCCCCGGAUGAGGAAAUCCCGCUCCCGAACGUCAAGUCCACGAUCUUGCAGAAGGUAUCACUGGUUGCGGCUAAUGCGUGCUUUUUUUGCAUGAUAGUACAGUAUGUAAAUUGCAUGAUGCGCCGCAUCGUUGCCAGUGCACACAUUUUACUGCAAAGACUACAUCGUGAAGCGAAAUACAUAAAGUAAAAGUCGAAAAUAUGCGCUUUUCUAUACAGGUGAUCGACUACUGCAAGCACCACCGGGACUAUGGAGAGAAAAAAGUUUGUCACAGUCACUAACUUGCAGGCUUUGCAUUACAAAUUUUCUCAGCAUCACAAACUUUCCUUGUAUUGCAGAAACACUAGGGAAAUACCUAAUGAAGUUUGGCUGUGAUGCAUUUUUACGCAUGACAAACAAUUUAGUAUUGCAAAAAUGCGCAUGAGUGAUCGUGACGAACUUUUUUUCUUUGAUAGGGACGAGUCUCCGGAGGAGAUCCAGAAGCCGUUGAAGUCGCACAUUUUGACGGAGUGCGGCGUGUUAUCAAUUGCAAAAAUGUCUGGGUCUGGGAGAUGGCGAGAUUUGUCAUGCUUGUCUGGCAUCACUCUGAACUCUGUGUUGCAUGGCCGUGAAGAGCUCUUCCUCCCUGUCAUGCAAAAACGCAGUUUCUCAUGCGGAGUACGCAACUCAGAGCCAUGGAAAAAACUUGUCAUGCUUGGCAGCGCAUUAUAGUCAGUUCACUAUUCCCUUUCUUGCAUCACAAGUUUCCAGACCCAGACAUUUUUGCAGUUGAUACGUGUCGGAGUGGGACAACAACUUUGUGACGAUCGAGCAGGAGGUGCUGUUCGAGCUCAUUUUGGCGGCCAACUACAUGGACAUCAAGUGUCUGCUGGACCUCACCUGCGCCAAGGUCGCGUCUAUGAUCAAGGGAAAGACCCCGGAAGAGAUUCGUCAGCAGUUCAACAUCGCCAACGAUUUCACGCCGGAGGAGGAAGCCCAGGUCCGGGAAGAAAACAAAUGGUGUGAGGACGCGUAAGCAGUAUUUCGUCGUCUCGUCGCGGCAUCACGACUAGCGGAUUUGGAUUUAAUCAAGAAUAUUGGACGAGCAAGAUGUUCGUUGUACUACUACCGACGAGGAAAACGUCGCAGGUGAUCGUCGAUGUUUAGUCCCGCCGUUGUUGUGAAAAUUGAUGACUAGUGGUGUCAAAUUUCGCAAGCAGGGAGGCACUAGAAAAGCAUCUAGAUGAUCUUCUAUCUUGUUUUCAAAAAGAGCUUUAUUACUUCACCGAGUUGAUUGUACCCACUAGCGAUUGUCAAUCUCGUAUUUCGAGAGACUACAGCAAUUCCAUUUUCCCGGAUGGUCUUGCCAGAGAACUUCUUUCCACAGCGACCGCGACCCAUGAUCUCUUGUCCUACGAGAAGCGCAAUUCCCGCCUCUACUCACUUCCCAAAAAACGAUCUUCAUCAAGCGACCGCACUACGCUACCAUGGGAAGCUGCGUUUAUCAAUGACGAUAUGCUAAUCAAGUAUCUAUAAAUUUACGUUGGGUCUCACUCGACAGCACGAUGCCAGAGAAU